AGUUCUAGGCCAAAUGAUUGGUUCUGUGACAAGACAGCAUGAUGCUUUGAGUAUGACAGAAGCCCUGAUGCUGCAGCAGAGGCUGGGAAUAUUAAUGGCCAAAUCUAGAGAUCACAUGGUCUUCUAAAGAAGUCAUGGGUAGCUGUUGUAGCUGUCCAGAUAAAGAAACUGUGCCAGAUAACCAUCGAAACAAGUUUAAGGUUAUUAAUGUGGAUGAUGAUGGUAAUGAACUGGGUUCUGGCAUAAUGGAACUUACAGAUACAGAACUAAUUUUGUACACCCGUAAAAGGGACUCUGUAAAAUGGCACUACCUCUGUCUCCGUCGUUACGGCUAUGACUCAAAUCUUUUCUCUUUUGAAAGUGGCCGAAGGUGUCAAACUGGACAAGGAAUCUUUGCCUUUAAAUGUGCCCGUGCAGAGGAGCUAUUUAAUAUGUUGCAAGAGAUAAUGCAGAAUAAUAGCAUAAAUGUGGUAGAAGAACCAGUAGUAGAGAGGAAUAAUCAUCAAACUGAGUUGGAAGCUCCAAGAACCCCUCGAACGCCUACCACUCCUGGGUUCAAUGCACAAAGUUUACCUAACGGCUAUCCCAGAUAUCCAUCUUUUGGAGAUGCUUCAUCACACCCUUCCAGCAGACAUCCUUCUGUCGGAAGUGCACGCCUCCCCUCUGUCGGUGAAGAAUCAACGCAUCCUUUACUUGUAGCAGAGGAGCAAGUGCACACUUAUGUCAACACUACUGGAGUACAAGAGGAAAGAAAAAAUCGAUCAAGUGUGCAUGUGCCACUGGAAUCAAAGCUUUCAAACACUGAAACAACUAAAGUGAAAGAAGAUCAGAUGUGUACUGAUGACAGAGAUGCUCAGGUUCUCCUGGAGCCUGAAGGAGUCAAGUUUGUUUUAGGACCAACACCUGUUCAAAGGCAGUUAAUGGAAAGAGAGAAACUGGAGCAACUUGGGAGAGACCAAGUUAGCGGCAGCAGCACAAACAACACUGAAUGGGACACUGGGUACGACAGUGAUGAACGUAGAGAAACACCAUCUGGUAAUAAAUUGGUGUAUGAAAAUAUAAAUAGGUUAUCAAUCCCUAGUGCCUCAGGGGUCAGGAGAGGUCGUUUGACAUCAACCAGUACCUCAGACACCCAGAACAUUAACAACUCUGCUCAGAGGAGAACUGCGCUGUUGAACUAUGAGAACUUGCCAUCCUUGCCUCCUGUUUGGGAAGCCCGCAAGCUGAGUAGAGAUGAAGAUGACAGUUUAGGACCAAAGACCCCAUCUCUGAACGGCUACCACAAUAACCUAGAUCCAAUGCAUAAUUAUGUCAAUACAGAGAAUGUAACGGUACCAGCAAGUGCUCAUAAAGUAGAAUUUUCACGACGUCGGGACUGUACCCCAACAGUCUUUAACUUUGACAUUAGGCGUCCAAGCUUAGAACACAGGCAGCUCAACUACAUACAGGUUGACUUGGAAGGUGGCAGUGACUCCGACAACCCUCAGACUCCAAAAACCCCCACCACUCCACUUCCUCAGACUCCAACCAGGCGCACAGAGCUGUAUGCUGUGAUAGACAUUGAAAGAACUGCUGCUAUGUCAAGCUUGCAAAAAGCACUGCCCCGAGAUGAUGGUACUUCUAGGAAAACUAGACAUAACAGUACUGACCUGCCUAUGUGAGCCUGGGAAGCAUUAAAUCAUUUGCACCUUUUGUGAAGUUUAUAAAAUUGAAGAUGCAAAUACUCUGCAUUUCUUAACACUAAUGCCUUUUACAGACUAAUAGAACUUUUUCUGCAUACUUCCUGUACUUGUCUAACUAAAGAAAAUUAAUGUAGAGCAAGUAUUCAUUUAGGUAACACUAUUUCAUUCUACAGUAGUAGUAAUUACUGCAUAGCAGCAUCACCACCACCUUUCACAGUGCCUCUUUAAAUUGAUUAGUCUUGAGUGACAUGCCAGUUUUGAAUUUAUAAAUAUUCUGGUCUGGUGCCUAUACUCAUUAAUGGCAUUUAUAACACUUUUUAAAGCCUCUUGAUAUGUGCAUUAUUAGCAGCUAAACCUAAUUUUUCAAGAUACCUAUUAUACAUUCAUUCCUCACUGAAGUGGCUCCUCCAGAAAGAAAUAUAUGUAAUGCAUUAAUUCACUCAGUUUGAUGUACAAGAUAUAUUGGUUCAUCUCAAGGGAUAUAAACACCACACCUUU